GCUGACAAAAAGGCAUCUCUUCGUCAGCGUGGCGCUGCCCCUCUGACUCCUGCUCUCUCCUCUUCCCGCCUCUUCAUCUCUUUUCGUUUUCCUCUCUCUUUCUCUGCAGAAGCCGCUGCCUUGCCCCCUCCCCCUUGUGUCCUCUUUGCAGACAAAAAGCUGGAAUAACUGCCCCACCAGAGAAGACCCCUCAGCUCGUCGCUUUCCCAUCUCAUUGAUCACCGACGACAGCUUUUCAACUUUGACACAACAGGUGACCCUUCCCCUCCCCGGUUUCCCAGCAGGCAUGGCAGACGGUCAGCAGCCAGAGGGGCACUGGGCCUCCAACGGCCAGGAGAAUGGCGAGAAUGGCUACUCCGCCUACAGCUCGACCUAUAGAGAGAAUGGAUACCACGGGGGCGGGGCGGCUGCGCAUCCUGGGACGUCAGUGGAUGACUCAGCCAAUUUGCCUCCCUCCCCUCCCCCCUCUCCAUCCGCUGAGCAGAUUGGGCCCGUGGCACAAGAUGAUAAAGUAGAGGUUGUCAGUCAACAGCAGGAUGAGAAGGAGGAGGCUCCAGAGGAGCUCAACAGUCACCAAGAGGAUGUGACAUAUGAGCAGCCAAGAGAUUUGCUCUUAGAACAAACAGAUUAUUUAACAGAGCCCCAGGCUUUGGGCUUCCAGCAAGCCCAAACCCCUGAGGCCCUCAAUGGAGGAAGUCAUCAAGGUGAUCACAACCCAUCACAAAAAGCCCAGCCAGAAGAGAGAGUCAGUAAACCAUCUUGUGAGUCCACUAUGACGGAAGGUGAACCGUCGCCACCUGAGAAACAAAGAGCAAAGGCAGAAGGAGAAGAACCUGCCUCGACUGGCCCUCCCCUUCUUUCUGAUAGAGAGAAACCUCUCCGCUGCACUUCCUCAACAGAGCAGGGUAAUCAAGACAGAGAGGGUGGGAAAGAAGAGGUCACUGACAGAAAAUUACUUUCAGAGUCUAAAGAAAAAGAAGCAAAAGAAGUUGUUGUGACAGAGGCCUCAUCAGAACUUAUGGCAGAAGAAAAAGAAGAAGCAGGAAUUAUCUUACCAAGUGAGUCAGGGUCAAAUAUGAAUGAAUGCAAAGAAAAAACUGAUGUUUUUGAGGCGGUCAAUAAGGAGGACCAGCAUGGUGCAAAUGACUGUAGAUUGCAUGACACACCACUGCUCACUGAUAUUCAAAAAACAGACCUUUCGCAAGAAACUCUGACGUCAAGUCCAGAACUUGACAGAUCGGAUGUUUUUGUAGAGCACGUGUCAGGAUCAAAAACCUACUUUGACACAUCCAUGGAGGGUCGAGAAGAAGAGUCGCCACAAACCCAGAGCUAUUAUGAGCUCAGCACAACGGCAGAGACAAAAUUAAGUGGAGAUGAUGAAAAUAUUGUGCAGAAUAUGGAGAAACAACAAGAGCAAAAUGUCAACACAUCUUCUGGUAAACUGGGACUGGAACAAAGAAGUCUUUCCUUGAACAUUACUGCUGGGUCUUCAGCCGGACAGACGGUGAAGGAAGAGAAAUCAAGGAUCUUCAUGGGAAGCUUGUAUCCAAUCAGUGGAAGCUAUGAUGAAUCAGAGGUUUAUCCGUCAACUCCAUCUGUGGUGAGCCAUCCACCUACGUUUCCACCAGCUGUCUCCAUUACCCCGACUAACACUGAAACACCUGAAAAUAUCCCCACCGUGGCAGAUGAGCCCUUACCUUCUGAUAAGCACACAGAUAGUUCUAAACAAUCAGGAAGUCUCUCUGAGAUGUUGGACCUGGCUGGUGCCCUUCCUCGUCCAUCCCUGGAGAGGAUGGAGGUUGACUACAUGAGAAGAAAGUCAGUGCCAGCCAAUGUAUCUGCCCUUGUGGGAAGUUCUUUAGCCAAGCUUGCCUUGACAGAUCAAGCCCCAAGUGUUGUCUCACAAGAAAACCAGCUGGAGGAGGUGGGCUACUGUGUCUUCAGUGAGUAUUCGGGGCCCAUGCCUUCUCCCGCUGAUGUACCCAGUCCCGGGGAUUCUCCACACCAGCGUUUCCCUUCUGUAGAGGGGGAAGUAGAGGAGGAUCUAGGGGAUUUGGAAGCAAAAGAUGUUUCAAAAGGAAUACAACAACAAGAUUACAAAGAGGUUACCCCUGUGAUCUCUCAAAUACCAGUGGUAGAAAAGAAAGGCUCACCAGUAAAGUCUACCCUGAUCCUUGAAAAAGCUGUAACCAGUGGAAUGAAACCGGAUCGGCUAAGAAUCCCAAUGACUACCUCGAAAGACAGACUGAGUGAAUUUCGUUUGGAGACUGGGUUGCCAGGGAACAUAAAGAUUCAAGCUAUCCCUGAGGUAGAUGUUGAAAAAGACCCAUCAAGAGAGGCUUCACCUAUCCCACCAGACAGUUCAUUCACUUUCGCUCCCACAGAAACUGGAACCAAGGUUCCUCCAACUCCAACAACUCCCAAGUCCCCAGAUGACACAUUGUCAGAAACCCAAAUUGCAGGAGAGAAAGCACAGAAAGAUGACCCAUCAGAGCUAAAAGCAUCUGAAAAUGUUGAUAAUAAACAGUCAGAGUUAGACAAAGAAAAUCUGAAGCCUGAGCAGAAAGAAUCUGAAGAAAGAAGUGAUGAACCAGAAAUGCCAAACGAAGACUUGGCUUCAGGAUUAUCUCAGUCUUUAGAAGAGAGCACAGACAAAGCUAAGACAAUCCAAAGUGGGCAACAGACCUCAAACACUGCUCAGGAUUUAAUUACUACAAAGCACACAGAUGAGAAAAAUGACCAAAACCAGCAGCAAAAAAGCAGUCUGGUGAAAGGCUCACCGAAGCUUCAAAUAUCUUCUCCGAUCAUCAUUAUCCCUCAAGCACAAAUAGAUGAAGAAGCAGAGGAGGAAGAUGAUAUUGAGAUUGCAGAGGAGCCUCAAGAGAUAAUGGAAGAAGCCCAAGAGCCGGAUGAAACAAGGAAGAGUCAAACUGAAGAAGCUGGGAAGGAAGAACAAAAGACAGAACAAGUGAGACUGAUGGUGGGUGACCAGAUGUUGGAAGAAGAUCCGAAGUCUGGAGCAGAAGAAUGGAGUCACAGCGCCCAAAACAGCGACGAACCUGCAACAGACAGUUCGCACUUGUCUCCCUGCUCUGACCACGAGCUGACACAGCAAACAGAGGAAGGAGGCAGAGAAGACAUGGAGGCAGAUAAAAUAGAAGAGGACUUAGACACAGAUAAGGUGAAAGGGAAGACAGACAAGUACGAAGGGGUGAAGAAAGAGGAAACAAAGGAGGAAAAGCAAGGAACGGAAGAUCAUAAAAUGAUAGAAGAAGAGGAUGGAAAGAAGGUGAGGAAGGUGGAGGAGGAGACCUCGGAUGUUCUUAGCCAGACCGAUCAAGCACCUAACGAUGACACCACCAUGGACGUGUCCAUCCUAGAUACAGACAGUGGCUGGAUGGAUUCACAAGAUGAUGACAAAAGUAUUAUGACUGAGCAAAUCGAAGCCCUUCCUCAGCCCCAGAGCUCGACCAGUAAGCCUGUGGUGGUGGACAGACCCGCUAAACGGGGCCCCGGCAGAUCAAGGGCCACCACUGAGUCUAAAGUAUCUCGCAAAGUACUGAGCCACCAUCCACCAAGAGAGGAGAUAAAGAAGAAAAAAGUAGGCAUCAGGAGGGCUGACCAGAGUAAGGUGUCAGCCCUCCAAAGUCGUUCCCCAUCUCGAAAGGGUGUAGCCAAAGCGGCGGCCAGACAUCCUAGGCCUGCUCUGCUUCACGGCUCUGCUAGACGCAAGGCCACAGGUGUGGAGCACCAUCAGCCCCUCAGUGUGGCCCACCAGUCCAGGGAGAGGACCACUGAGAGAGCGUACCGGAGCCCCGAGAAGAAGUCGUCCCUCCCCAGGCCGGCCAAGUCUCUGACACGCCACAUCCCGGCUGCUGAACAGGAGGACAACAGCAUCCCCUCCAGGCCAACCUCGUUCCGAACAGCGGACACCAGGUCUGGAAGAGCCCCUAGUAUGGCAGGUACAGACUCGGCGCGUUCCCGAUCAGUCCACAGUGGCGCCUCCACCCCGGGCUCCUCCGCCGUCACACCCGGCACGCCCCCUAGCUACUCCUGCCGCACGCCCGGCUCGCGCACCCCGGGCAGCCACACGCCCAAGUCCUUCAGCGUCCUCCAGGAGAAGAAGGUGGCGGUGAUCCGAACCCCACCCAAAUCUCCAUCUUCUGUCCAGCGGCAGCUGAAGGUCAUCAAUCAGCCUCUGCCUGACCUGAAGAAUGUGAAGUCCAAGAUCGGCUCCACCUCCAACAUUAAGCAUCAGCCAAAGGGCGGACAGGUCAUGAUUCCAAGCGUUAAGCUGGACUUUAGCCACGUUAAGUCUAAAUGUGGCUCCCUGGACAAAAUCCAGCACGCGGCAGGCGGGGGAAACGUCCAAAUCCAGACGAAGAAGAUCGACCUGAGCCAUGUCACCGCUAAAUGUGGCUCCUUUUCCAACAUCCACCACAGACCAGGGGGAGGACAAGUGCGUAUCGACAAUGUGAAGCUGGACUUCAAAGAGAAGGCCCACGCCAAGGUCGGCUCUCUGGAGAACGCCAGCCACACUCCUGGAGGCGGGAACAUCAUGAUUGAGAGCCACAAGCUGAAUUUCCGGGAUUCGGCCAAAGCUCGGGUGGACCACGGUGCGGAAAUCAUCGUCACCCACUCCCCUGGCAUCGAGACGGGAGGCACCUCUCCUCGCCUGUCCUCCUCCGGCAGCAUCAACCUCCUGGAGUCGCCCCAGCUCUCCACGCUGGCCCAGGAUGUGACCGCUGCCCUGGCCAAGCAGGGCUUAUGAGCCAGCUGCCUCUGCUUAGGAAAAAUACAAAUCCACACCAUCACCCCUCCUUUUCCCAUCGUUCCCAUCACAAGCUUCCAGUGUUUAACGUAACCCCCACAGUUGUAGCUGGUUGACCGUCUCAUCCAAUCAACGAUCCCUCCGGCCCUUCCAAGCGGGAUUUAAAAAAACUGAAUUCUUCAUAAAUCUUCAUCGACACUCCCCGUCUGUCGGUCUGCUUUUUAUCUUCUCAUUCACUCAAACGUGGACUGUUCUGUUUUAGAUAAGCUGAAUGCCAAGGUUCAAGUGGUUCAAGAAGGUGGUUUUAUGAUUGUACAGGAUUUUUCUUUGGUCCUUUUUCUGUUCAUCUUUACUUCUUUUUCUUUGGUGCGUUGAAAAACACCAACACAUUCCCACUCGCACGGGGCUAAAAAUUUCAAGUUGGACCGUGACGUCCAUUCAGAAUUUAUACGGUACUGAAUGCAAGAUAUAGCUACUACACAGUAGGUGCUAGUCUUAAAGAUAAGCGAGAGACUUAACUGACCUGCAAAAGAAUGGCUGAUGAGCAUGUCUGCAAAAAAACAACAUAAAAAAGAAAAGUGUGUGACAUGAACUUUUCUUUGUUGCGUUUGUUGGAUUUCCUGAAUUGUGCUGAAUUGUUGGACAAACUUGUGUUCUCUUGUUUUCUUUUUAUAUAUAAAUAUAUAAAAAAUAUAUGUCACUGUAGUUGGAAGUAUUUACAGUUUUGUACGUUCCCUGUGGCUGCUCUGGCUUAUUAGCAUUUAAAUGUGGAUAACCAUUGCAGCUCUGUCGAGUCGGGCGCUAAAAGGCUAGCUUUCCAAUAGAUUUUUGUGUUUUAGUUUCUUCUCUCGUCAGCCGUCGGGCUGCGCCGCCCCGUCCACCCUCUCUUCUUUUUAUUUUCUGGUUUUACAUUAGCGCUGUGGUUUUUAUUAGGCUACAACAAUGCUGUUAUGCUGGCAUGGCAAAUAAAUGAUAAAUAAAUUAGAUCUAUUUGGAGCGAUCUUCGACUUUUCUGUGUGGGUGUAAAAUGGCCUGGGUGCAUUCUGGCACACAGGCCCCUGUAACCUUGCUCCUUUUGCAAAGACUGGGUUGUGUAGUGUAUUUGAGUGGGUAAAAGUCCCGAAUUUUGUUUUAAAAAGUGUUAAGUGUAAGGCUUUAUAUGAAAACAUUCCAUUUGAAAGAAGUUUUUGAACGUUUGCAGAGAUGAAGAAGGUGAAGAAUGGGAAUAAUACCCCACAAACGCAGCUUUUAGAAGUUUUUUUUAAAAAAAAAGAAUAGAAAAAUGUUCUAGCAUAUUCUCUGCUCACCAUUAUGAGACUCCUCCGCCCCACCUCCCUUCCUGAUGUCGCCUACCCUUCCAGUGUUUUUCUGUGCUUCCUAUAUCCCUCCCCCUCUUUGCCUGUGUAAGUGUAUUUAAAAAAAAAAAGAUUUAAAAAAAUUGUAGAUGUGUGCACACUUUCCGGUGUUUGAGACGUACUGAUGACAAAAUGCUCCUACAGGAUGAUGGCAACAACAAAAAUAAAGAAAUAAAAGAAAUAAAAAAACUGGUUCAUUCUA